UGCACACCAUCAAAAUCGUGCUGUUGCGUCACUCACUUCUCGUUAGUGCGGUUGGCACGAUGGCAGUGCGUUCCGUGCUGCUGAGCGACAUCCAGAGCGUGUUGAGUCUGGCGCGACGGCGUCAUGGCUAUCUUUUGUCCAGUACGAGCGGCCAGCGCUCGAAGAAGGAGAGUCCCCUCGCGGUCUUUCAGAGUUUCUCGCUGCUUCGUGGACGUCUGCUAAAAUGCGACAAUAUGGCGGAACUGUCGCCCGUGACCGUCAUCAAGCCCUUUCUAGAUGUAAUUCGGCACGAACACGCCGGCAGUAUAGUGACUGGAGCAGCUUUACAGGCUGUAAUGAACUUCCUGCAGUCGUGGCCCUGGACGGACGUCAAGGACCAGAACGCGGUGGCAGAUGCGGUCUCGGACAUUGUGGACGCCGUGAGCCACUGCAGAUUCCAAGAAACGGGCAUCGAGAGCGAUCAAAACGUGUUAGUACUGGUUGUACAUGUGCUUCACGCGGUGGUGCGCUCUCCCUGCGGCGCCAGACUCUCGGAUCACUCUAUGUGGCAGCUGGUGGAGGCGCUGUAUGCACUCAGUCGCGGCACUCGACACGAUCCGCAUAUCACGCUACCGCUGCGAUCGACGGCCACGAACUUCCUACAUGACACUGUGGCUUUCAUCUUCUCUAACCCUGCUAUCUAUUCGGACUCAGCUCCUGCUGCUGACUCUGCAACUUCCUCUUCGGAGCCUCUGAGACCGGGAUUUGGACUGCCGUGUGCUGUAAAGAUUGUGGGUUUUCUCUGUCAGAAGCUGCACCAGAAAAACUACGUGCCUCCUCCUGCUCCAGACGCACCUGCCACCUCGAGUGCGAAUACAACAAGUCGGCGUGAAGUCUUGCUGUCAUUUACGUUGCUUCAGCGCGCACUGAUGGCAUGCGACGCUGAGCUCAUUACGGGCGUGCCGGCGCUGAUGCUUUUCAUUAAGGACGAUCUGUGCAGCGCCAUUUUGCGCUACUGCCGACUAGGCGCCUGUGCGGACCUCAUGAUUCCAGUCGUGGGUCUCGAACUGAUUCGACUUUUGUGGUCGAAGCUCCGCUCGGAGCUUAAAAUGCAAGUGGAAGCUUUGUUUAACGGUGUGUUCUACCACACGCUGCACUGGUGUCUGGCAAAUAUGGAUGUAAACAAUCCAGACUUUCCUCAUGGGGACGAUACAGCCCCACCUGCCGCAGACGUGGACGGUCAGACGGAUAACAACCCUGCUACGACGGUGGACGCCGCACUCGAUGAGUUUUCUGGGGAGAUGCUGUCCAAAACCCGACUGUACAACAUCUCGUUUGAAAUCCUCGACUGUUUGGUGGAUUUACUGGCAGAGGCGACGUUGUUGCCGGAUCUGUAUGUGAACUAUGACUGCGACGGCAACCGCUGCGACUUGACGCAGACUUUAUUUGAGCUGCUCUCGCAGACUGCGCAGCAGUCUCAUGUCGCUUGCUUCGAAUCGCAUGAAGAAACGCAUUUCUUGUGGGCUCAGGCAGUUGGAGAGAUUGCUCUUCGCGGAAUGUUCAAUGCAUUGUAUGUCUUGCAUCUUCGUACGCAUCCCGAGACGCCUGCAGUCAGUGACGACAGCAGCAGUGGCCCCAGCGACGAAGAAAUGAAUGAAGAUACGCUACUGGUGGAUCAGGAGACUCUAAUGCCAUCUGAAGACGCUGAAGAAUUCGCUUCAGCUGAAGCUUUGUUCAAGAAACGACAACGUAAAAAGUUUUUUCAGCAUGGCAUUCAGGAAUUCAACCGGAAACCACUGGCUGGCAUCAAGUACUUGCAGCAGAAUACGUUCCUGCCUACCCCGCUUGAUAGCAUGUCACUUGCGACGUUCCUGCGAUCGCUUCCUCAAGGUCUGAACAAGAAUGCAGUGGGGGUGUACUUGGGCGCAAUGGGUAAAGAAGUCAAGGGCUUUGAGAAGACGGAUAUCCACGAAGCCGAUACGAUGGACUUCCAUCGCGACGUACUCAGCAACUUUGUGCGGUCAUUCAACUUUGAAGGCGAGAGUAUUGUCACCGCAUUGCGUAUGUUCCUCGCAAGUUUCCGUCUUCCAGGAGAGGCACAACAGAUUGAUCGUAUCUUGAACACGUUUUCGCUCCAAGUGUACGAGCAGUGUCGCGAGCGGUUCCUCAUGGCGUCGGUGGACGUGGCCUAUCUGCUGUCGUUCAGUCUGAUUAUGCUGAACACUGAUCUGCACAACCCGAACAUCCGACCGGACAAGAAGAUGAAGCUGGCUGACUUUAUCAAGAACAACAAGAAUUACGGUCUGGAAGUCUCUAAGGGUCUUGACUUGCCUGAAGAUUUCCUGACAGAGUUAUACAACACCAUUUCGAAGGACGAGAUCAAGACGUUUGAAGACGGAGGCAAACACGGGGAAGUGACGAGCGAUCGAUGGAAAGAUCUACUUAACCAGGCCGAAAGCGACCCGCGUAACUCUCGCUUGAUUGUGCACCAACCCUCGCUGCAUCUCCGUUCAUCAAGCACACCUCGUGGCAUUGGCGUCCAAGGCGCCAACUUCGCACCGCUCGCACCGGAUGCGAUGCGAAAAAUGAAGCAGGCUCGACUCACAAAGAGCGCCUCCAGUCCUGCCGCCAAAAGCGGAACGUGGACGCAGCAAGAGAGUAUGGAUGGACUUGUUUCUCUGUAUCCGUCGUCAGGCAACCAGUACGACCGCCACAUCUUCGAGUUGGUACAGCAAAGCCUCGUUCGAGCAUUCAGUAGUGUAUUUCAGCAGUUUGUGGUGGAUUCUCAGGCAAAGGAUGCGUCACGUGGAGAAGAUCUCUCGGUCGGUAGCAGCUAUGAGAUGCACUACGUGCCUCAGAAGAGUGCGCUUCAGCUCGCAUGCAACGGCUUCGUGUUAUGUGCAGCGGUGGCAUCGCAUCUGUCACUAGUGGAGCACUGCAACUCGCUGUUUAUCCGUCUUUGCAAGUACACGGCACUGAUCUCGUCGGACAUUUAUCCUGUGGGCUACCACGGCCGCGAGAACGGCAUCUGGGUGUAUUGUGACAACCAGAGUGCUCCAGUUGCGACUGCUGCCGUGCUGAAGCUCGUAAACACGUGCAGCUUGUCCCUUCACAGCCGCGCGUGGAAGUAUUUCUUCCACAUCGUCAGUGGAUUGCGCGAGUUCCACGUCUUGCCGUCACGUAUUCUGUACCCAAGUGAUGAUAUGAAACUAGAGCUUAUGACGGCCGACGAGCGUCUGGAGUUUAUUGACCUGGUUUACCAGAACAAGGAAGAAUUGGUACGGAAGAUUGCACUCAGUGUCCAAGAACAGGAAGGCGGUAAUGGAGACUCCGGUGGCUUUUUCAGUGGUGUCGCAUGGCUGUUAUCUGCACUCGACUCGAAUCUAGGCGGCUCAGCACCGGGUUCUACCGCUCCGGUGAAUCCUCACUUGUCUCCUGGAUACGAGCAGUAUCAGCUGAGUCCAGCGGAGCUCGCAUUGCACACUGAAGACCUUAUGAUUGAAGGAAAGACACCAAAGAAGCAGGCUUCUGAUGACCAGGACCCGAGAGGCGAGUUUGGAACGGACCAGUGGAUCCGAACUACGUUGCAGCCUUAUCGACUUGAGUUCUUAAUGGAAGAUGUGGCUAGCUUGCCAUCUCGAGCCUUGGCUGAAGCCAUCGAAGCUCUACACGACGAGAUCUUGCUGGUGCUGCGUGGUCCUGACGAAAAAGAGUCACAAAAAGACCGGAAAAAGUCGACGAAGUUGUCGCUCAGCCAAGGAGGCUGCGUACUGUUUGAGCACCUACUGAGUCAAGUGAUCGCGCUCAGUGGCUCGCUGUUUGAUGGAGGUGCAGACGAUGAAGAUGGGAUAUCUGCUGUGCUGGAAGCUCACUACACGCAGAUCCUGGAGUUCCUGCGACCAGUGCUAUUAACGAAUCACAGUCCAAGUGGAUUGACGUACGAGAACGCAUGCUUCUUGUUGCACAAGUCGAUCAACGGAUUGUUCGCGUGGGUUACGCGUACACGCAGUGACGCCAAUGGGAUCCUACUGGUGACUUUCUUGAACACUUUGAUGGAAAUGAGCGGCGAUGACGAGCUGAUUCGACCUUUCCUGACGUCAAUUAUGUGCGGAUUGGAUCGAUACGUGGCGCUGGUAAAGCCUAGCAAUUUGCACUACUCACGCAUGGACUGGCUGACGAUCUGCAACUUGAUUAGCUGGUCAGUGGGACGCUCCCACGCAGCGUCUCAUGCCUUCGGCCUGCUUGAGCGACUUGUGACGGAGAAAAUCUGGAAUGGAGACGGCAACGAGAUUCUCAUUAGCGAUUGCUACACGAAGAUGAUCAUGUUCGCGAUGAAGACCUGCGACCCACGCGAUUCAUGGGCACCGUCGAGACCGGUCGAUCUGCUGCUGUUCAUGUUUGAUACACUCCGUCCUGACGCGCCUAAUUACGUUGAAGAACGCUUGCGCUUCUUGGGUGGGAUGGCUGUUGUAUCGAGACAUCUGCUGUUGAAUCAGAUCAAACAGGAGCUUUCUAACGACCUGGUUGUGACUGCAAUUGAAGGACUGAAGCACAUGCUGUGUGAACACGCAGGAACAGACCAAUCGUUUAAGCCCAUGGCGUGGCUGGAUGUGCUUCGAUACGGAUUGGUUCCUGUCGGUUUUGACUUGCUCAAUGAUGCUGAGCCCAAACAUUCCGGUGGAGGGAUGCACUUUGGGGAUGACGAGGAAGAAACCAACUCGCCCUUCCUGUACUACAGAAGACAGCUGCCGUUUUCGGACGAUGAGAGUUCGUUCAAGCACUCUAGUACGAAUCACAGCGGCAAGAAGCCAAUUGGUCGUCGGCGCCGACCAUCAACGAUGAAAGACCCGUUGGCUCUACGUCCACAUGUGGUGGUGGUUCAGUUGCUGUCACUUGUGGUGUGUGAAGAACUGACGAAGCUGCAGGCAUGUGCAAAGUUCAGUUCCGUGUGGGAAGAUGUGGCGGAGCUGCUGGUCGGAUUGCUGGAGUAUACAGCUAUGGAGAACCCUCCGCCAUCAGGGGAAGCUGCGAGUGGAGAGGUUCUGAUUGCAGCUCUGGAGCGUCGAAGCGUGCUCUCGGCUCACGAGGAGAUUCUCGAACACAGCAAGGGGAUCGUUAGACGCUUAGCGGUGAUUCAGGACGAAGAGACCAAGGAGGAGGAAGCCAAAUCGGAAGAUGCUGAGAAGACUAUGCAGCCUAACGUGUUGAUGCAGGUACUGGAAGAGAAGUGUCACUCUAAUCCGGACUUGCUGGACCAGCUCUUCUCUUCGAAAGACGAAACUGGAUCGACGGGAGGACGCACUCCUCCUACUGAAGAGAUCGAUGGAGAGAGAGUUGACGAGAACGACAGUGACGAAGCGAGCUAAACCGAUGCAGGUUAAUGAUUGUUCAUAGAUGUAUGCAGAUACUUAGUGGCGUGUGCUGAUUGCUUAGCUGACGGGCCUAACGACUGCGUUCCCGCUCUCUGAAGUUGGACCGUGUGCAUCCAGCAGACUCACAGCUUCGUCAGCCUUAGAGUAGACGGCCUGGAGCUUAUCAGAGAAGCACUGAGUGAACGUCUGCGUGAGCUUGUUGAUGAUGACAUCCUUGAGGUUGGCAUCGUUCUGCUCCACUGCGAUGUCGCACAACCGCUCCGUGAUGUCCACUAGCUCCCUUAUCUGAAGAGAGAAGACUCAAUUAGCAAGAAGACAAUAACGAGAGCAAACCUUCCUCUGCGUACCUGUUCACUGACACGCGAUACGUUCUCUUCCAGUCGCCUGGACCCCGGGCUCUGCGGUGCAUUUCCGCUUCGUACACCGGAGAGCGCCUCCGCCUUACGUACGAUCUCGGCUGUGUCAUCCUCAGGAGCUUUCUGCUUGUUUUGAGCGCCGACGCCAGCACGUUUCUCCAACACUUCGAGCGCUUCCUUGACAUGACCCUGGACGAGAGCAAUCUGCUGGAUGUUCUCGGUGCAGUUGGCGUUCACAUGAGUCGUAAUGUGAUCAAGACACUUGUGGACGUUCUCAAGUUCCACCGCCAACUUCUGCGUCUCCGCUUUCGCUGCCAGUCGCUUCUUGUUUGAGUCUUCGAUCUCGCGCUUCGCUGCUGCGAGUUCCUUUGCUCGCUGUUGAACCUUCUCCGACUCUUGAACAGUAGCGAGAGCGUGCUUCAAUUGAGCCACUUCGUCCGUGAGAUUUUGAAUCGUAGCAUUACUCUGAGCAGCC